CCAACUGGCAACGACAACAGCGCCCUCUACAACGUAUAAAAUUAACCCGCAACACUGAGGCAGGAGUCACUUCAGGUCUGCCUUUUGCCCCGUUAACGUGGUGUGCUAGAGGCUAAAAAUAAAAAUGGCCGCGGAUCUCAGUGCUCGUGAUGUUGAGAGGGUGAAAUUCGCCUUCUCCAUCUAUGACUUCGAGGGCAAUGGCACCAUGGAUGCCUUCUACAUUGGCGACUGCCUUCGCGCCCUCAACCUGAACCCCACCAUGGCCACCAUCGAGAAGCUCGGAGGCACCGAAAAGAGGAAGGAGAAGAUGAUCAAGCUCGACGACUUCAUACCCCUGUUCGCUCAGGUCAAGAAGGACAAGGAUGCUGGCUCCUACGAAGAUUUCAUUGAGGUCCUGAAGCUCUACGACAAAUCUGAGAACGGCACCAUGAUGUAUGCUGAGUUGGAACACAUCCUCCUGUCUCUUGGUGAGCGUCUUGAGAAAGCCGAAUUGGAACCCAUCCUUAAGGAGUGCUGCCCCCCAGAAGACGAGGAAGGUUUCAUCCCAUACGAACCAUUUGUAGCGGCACUGACCAAGGGUAUUAAUUAGAAAGGAAACCUACGUCAUGUCUUUCGUCAAGAAGUUGACGACGCUCUUGUAAGCAGUUCGGCCAUCUUCUUGCGUUUCGUCAUCACAGGGAAAUGUGCGCAUGCGUACAACACCACCGCAAUCGGAGUGUCUUUGUGCAGUGUACAAUCAUUCUGUGGGGUACAUCCAUCCACAGACAUGUAUAAAUGUAAUAUCAUAUUCCACUUAGAAAUACGAAAAGACAGAGAGUUAUAUUUAGAAAGGAAAUAUAAAAAAAAUAAUGUUGAUAAUCAUAAAUAGACAAUAUUGAAACGAUCGUGAGCCACCCAUUACAUGCUCAUUUUUUUGUCCUGUCGGGAAUGCGUGCCGUUUCGUGUGUAUAAGUGUGCGCGUGAUUGCGUAGUGUUCCAGGAGAUCCCAUGGAUCAUCUCUAUUCCUACUCUCAUCCACGCCGGGCCAAGAGGGGCUCCUACGGACGCCGCUACCUGUGUUGAGCAAGUAGACCUGAAGUGACCACUGAAUGAUCCGCUGUUAGUCCGCCCCGCCCCCCCUGUGUAAACGCCAUCUCUCGGAGGAAGGCGGGGGCUAACGAGCCAUUGAACAAAAGCUGAAAAAAAAAGCGACCGAGCCAAAGGCAGCGCCCCGCCACUCCCACCUUGCCACCGGCGGGCGCCCUGGACUCGGAACAUUAGCCAGAAGAAGAAGAAACAUCUAAAACGAAAAACCAUCCGACUUUUCAAUAUUUGGUAGCGUGUCGGCCCAUAGGUUCCCGUCUGGCCCAAUAGUGCCUCUGAGCCAAGCCACCUUUUCUCUUUUUUUUCUUUUUUUUCUUAAUCUUAUUUUUAUGCUAAAGGAGGCUACCAGGGGGAGUGUCACACAGUCAGCCAGCCAGUCGGAAAGAAGUCGACCAGUCAGUCAGCAAGGCCCCAAGUCAGUCAGUCAGUCAGUCCGCUUGAAUGGCAUCGUUAUCAGCUGGUGUCUGUUGGCACAUUGGUUAAGUUAACUAUCGUCUCAAUAAAAAACAAAAAUUACUUCA